AUGGCCCAGACCCUGCGCGACGGCAUCUGCGUGUUCUAUGACUUGGAGCUGGCGCAGAUCCGUGUUUUGCAAGCAGAAGGGCAAGAAAAGAGCGCAGAAAGCAAGGCGACGGAGAAAUCACCAGACACGCUCAUGAUGGAGGUACAAAUUGACAGAGAUAAUGAUGCCAUUGCAUUUGAAAAUAACAUCCAGCAACUGAGCCCAGCUGAAGAGGGAGAAGGAAAGGAAGUUUUUUCCACUGGUGGGGAAACAAAGAGCCAGAGCUGCAAAGGGGGUGAUGAUUUGUCAGACUUACUCAAUGAAAGUAAAGAGCAGGAAUAUCCAGCUUCAUCAGAACAAACAGUUGUAAGAAAUCUGAAGAAUCUAAAAUUUGAGGUUCGUGCUCCACAUCAGGAAGAAGUCAAGUUAUCAAGUCUUAGGCAUCAUUUGAAAACUCAUUCAGAUGAGAAACGUCACGUGUGUCACCUCUGCCCGAAGGCCUUCCGUACAGCAACUCUGCUGCAUAACCAUGUGAACACACAUACAGGGAACAAACCCCAUAAAUGCAGUGAGUGUGACACAGCCUUUGUCACCCGAGGGGAGCUUUCACGACACAGGAGGUACAAACACACUUUGGAGAAGCCUUUCAAGUGCACAAUUUGUGAAUACUCCAGUGUAGAAGCCAGCAAGAUGAGGCGCCACGUUCGCUCGCACACGGGAGAGCGGCCCUACCCCUGUCACCUGUGCAGCUAUGCAAGCAAAGAUGCCUACAAACUGAAAAGGCACAUGUUAACUCACACAGGUGAAAAACGCUAUGAAUGUUACGUUUGCCAAGCCAGAUUCACUCAAAGUGGAACCAUGAAAAUUCAUAUGUUACAGAAGCAUGGAGAAAAUGUGCCAAAACACCAGUGUCCACAUUGCAGUACUUUCCUUUCCCGAAAAAGUGAUUUGGGUGUCCACCUGAGGAAUCUGCAUUCCUACAUGGAAGAGGCAGUGAGGUGCAGGGACUGUGAGGCAGCUUUCCACGAGCGCUACGCCUUCCUUCAGCACAGGAAGACUCACAGGAAUGAGAAAAGAUUCAGGUGUGCUCAGUGCAGCUGCACAUGUAACCAGUUGCCCUGAAAUCAUUCCAAGGUGACUCUUCUGUGAAAAAUGAACAUUGUGCCAGUGAGAUUGUUCCUGUUUUAGAUGGGACAGAAACAGCAACUCCUAGGGAACACAGAGCAGAAGCA